AUGUCAGGGGACAUGGAAGCCACAGGGUGGGGAUACACACAUAUCAGUGUUCACAACUUNUGCCACAAGUGGACCAUUAGCAACUUUUCAUUUUGCAUGGAUGGAAGUAGGGAAAAGAUUACAAGUCCAAAAUUCUCAAUGGAGGCCAGUGACAAAGUGGAAUGGUGUUUNAGGGUACACCCAAANGGAAUUNAUGAAGAAAGCAAAGAUUACCUGNCAGUUUNCCUGGGGUUACUCCANUGUCAAAAGAGUCCAAUUUGGGCAAAGUNNGAGUUCUGGAUCACAACUUCCCAAGGAGAGAGUUAUCGAAGAAGGAAGAGCACAAAUGUCCUUAGCUUUGAAAAAAACCAAUACAGGGGGUUCAAAAAGUUUAUCCUACGAGAUUUCCUCCUCUCCAAUCCACCUUGGCUCUUCCCUGAAGACCAGCUUACCCUCUGCUGCAAGGUGAGCAUAGUAGGAGCCUUCUUUAACACACCUGGACAGAACAUAACACCUGCAAUCACGGAUCCAAGACACGUGUUGGCAGAUGACCUAGGCGAGCUGUGGGAGAAUUCCCUGCUCACAGACUGCUGCCUGUUUGUAGCUGGCCAAAAAUUCAGGGCUCACAAGGCCAUCCUAGCAGCUCGCUCUCCAGUUUUCAGAGCCAUGUUUGAACAUGAAAUGAAGGAGAGACUAACAAACCGUGUUGAUAUGGAAGACCUGGAUCCCAAAGUCUUCAAGGAGAUGAUGGCCUUCAUUUACACUGGGAAGGUACCAAGCCUCCAGAGCCACUCCAUGGCCUGUGAUGUCCUGGCAGCUGCUGACAGGUAUGGCAUGGAGGGCUUGAUGGUUAUAUGUGAGGAUGCCCUCUGCAGGAACCUCUCUGUGAAGAAUGCUGCACACACUCUCAUCCUGGCCGACCUUCACAGCACAGAGCAGCUGAAGACUAAGACCCUGGAUUUCAUUGCACUUCAUGCUUCUGAGGUCUCUGAGACCUCAGAGUGGAAGUCCAUGGAGGAGUCACAUCCCCACUUGGUGGCUGAAGCAUUCCACUUCCUGGCUUCUGCACAGUGUUCGUUCUUAGAGCCGUGUAUUUGUGGUAUUCUUGACACUUCUGCCUUCUAA